GGGAAUAACAUGAAGGUGAGUAAACAAUAACAGAAUUUUAUUUUGCGGUGAACAUUUCCUUUUGAAUACUGAAUGAAACUGCUGGUUUGGUGCAGUAAUGGCUCUGGCGUUCCUCCAGUGGUGUGAGGGGAAGCGUAACUUGCCACCAAUCGUCCCACAUACUGUAACUGCACAUCAGUUUGAACCAAAUAAAGCAACACUCUGUUCUGCCCUUCGUGUUUAUAGUGAUUGUGAAUGAGGGGGAGAGUGCUCUAAACAAAGAGGAAAACAUGGAUGAGGUGGAGACUAUGGGAGUGGCAAGCUCGUUUUUGUCUGUGAGAUGAGCAAGAGGACCACAAAAGGAUGUAAAUCAUCAGUCCUUCAACAUUUCCGCAGUCACCAACCUUAAUUAUCUUGGUCGCUUCGUCCACGGUGAAAGACGAUUCAGCGAUCCACAGCGCAAAGUUGAUGUAUUUACUCAGCGACCAGCACUGAUCAGCUCCAGGAAUGAUGAAGCGGAUAUCAUCCUGUUUUGGAAGGCCAAACAAAGUAGUUUCGCUUUCACAGUGAAACGCACAGCGUCUAUACAACAUGGCGGCAGCAACAACAAUACUACAACGAGAAUGAAAGCUUCUCUGCCCUUUGUGAUAAUGAAUAUUACGUCCCAGCCAUACAAGCGAGGCAUCUACUGCCAGGACGAGAGCAUUAGUUACCCUGUAAAACAAGACACCAUCACCAACGUGACACUGGCUGUAGUCACCAUCACCUGCACUAUCAUCAUCAUAUCGUCAGGUGAAGCAUAUCUGGUGUACAGCAAAAAAAUUCACUCCAACUCCACUUUUAAUCAAUAUGUGUCAGCCAUAUAUAAGGUGCUGGGUGCCUUCCUGUUUGGGGGAGCUGUCAGCCAAUCACUGACAGACUUGGCCAAGUACACCAUUGGGCGACCACGCCCAUAUUUCUUAACCGUAUGUGCUCCCAGAGUCUGCAAAGGAUACGUGGCCUCGAUCAACUGCACUGGCAUCCCAAGUGCAGUAACUGAAGCCCGGUUGUCCUUCUAUUCUGGUCACUCCUCCUUCGGGAUGUACUGCAUGCUAUUUCUAGCGUUCUAUGUUCAGGCCAGAUUGAAUGCAAAAUGGGCUCGUCUCCUGAGGCCCACUAUCCAGUUCUUCCUGGUGGCCUUUGCUGUGUAUGUAGGUUACACUCGUGUGUCCGAUUAUAAACACCACUGGAGCGAUGUGCUGGUGGGGCUCCUCCAGGGGGCGCUCAUUGCAAUUCUCACUGUGCGAUACGUUUCAAAUUCCUUCAAGGUCCGUACUUUUCCUCAGUGCUCAAGUCCAGAGACAGCGGAAAAUGAGGAGCGGAAACCAAGCUUACAUUCAAAUGAGGCAGAGCAGAAUAACCAUAUAGGCUUUUCUGGAACUGUGUGAAAGAAAUGAGGCCGAACACUACAUCUCCCACAAACCACUGGACUGAUGGGAGGGGGCGGAGCGAAACUGCACAUGCUCACAAUGGUCCUCCUUGGAAAAAAGCUUUACGAUCUCUUUCUUUCCUUUGAAUGAGAGAGAACUUUUUAUACAUAUUUAAUCAAUUUAUUUUAAUUCAAAUGAUUUGCAGAGGAUGUUGAGGGGCCAGAUUUCUUUUUUAUAUAUAUAUAUUGAACCAGGUUUUAUAUAAAGUUAUGUACGGCAUGUAUAAUCUUAUUUGAAUUGUGAAUCUUAGUGUUGUGUAAAUAAUGGCUUGCUUUUCUCAUAUCAUUUGAAGAACCAAACUGAACUCAACAUUCUGUAGUUACAAAUGUCAGAAAUCACUUAAUGUUUCUGCAUUUCUAAUGUUAUGUGCCUAAGUAAUUAUAUCUGAACUGCAAAUAGUGAAUAAUCUUUUUUUUUUGUUCCCGUAUGUUUAAAAUUUAAACGUGAGAUACCACUACAGCAUCUGCAAGCCUGCUAUGCUUCUUUGUAUUUCAAAUUAUUGCAUUUUAAAAAAGCUGGCUUUAUUGAACUUUUGAAUUGUUGUUUACAUUUGUCCUAAUUCCUAUUAAA